AUUUGAUCCGUAGUAGGAGUGCAAGCAUUAGCCUAUAAUUUACUAAAUCUGAGAUGUUUACGCCCCUGAGUUAUGCAAGUGUAAAACAGAAACCUUAAUUCACGCGAAGGAACACCAGUCGUGUAGCACGUUUGUUAUUUUAAAGUUCUUUUUUAAAACCUGACGUCACACGAGAGGGAAAAGAAGAAAUGAAAAGCUUCUACAUUUUACCACUUCUAGCAUUCUUGCUCAAUUGCCAUGUGCACAGGUCACGCUCAGGUUUGGCAUAUGCUUCAAAUCCAGUUCCCCCAGCAGUGUACAGUGAUUCCCAUCGGGCCGUAUGUAGAAUGCGUCCUAACACUGGACUAGCACCUGGCAUGCCUCGUGUGUAUGGUCACAUUCUUUUCAUACAGUCUGGCCCAAAGGACAAGCUGAGCGUGACUUUCAGGCUGUAUGGUCUCCCUGUCUCCAGUCAGCAGCCCAGAGCGUUGCACAUUCACGAGUACGGAGACUUAAGCAAGGGCUGCGGAUCUACAGGUGGGCAUUACAAUCCCCUCAGCGUGAACCAUCCACAACAUCCAGGGGACUUUGGGAACUUUGUGCCUGUUAAUGGGAAGAUUCGUCACUCCCAGGACUCCAAUGCAACACUCUUUGGGACUCUCUCAAUACUUGGCCGGUCUGUUGUCAUUCAUGAGGGGCAGGAUGAUUUGGGCAGAGGUGGCAAUGUGGCAAGCUUGCUGAAUGGCAAUGCUGGAGGGCGACUGGCAUGCUGUGUUAUUGGACUGGGCAACCCUCAAAUUUAAAAGAAAAUAAUAUACAAUUAUUUUUUGAAGUAUUUAUCAAUACAAUAUCUGAUACACUUUGAAAAUGGAAUUGUAAAAUUGCAUUUAUUGGUCAAAAUGUCUGGUUCCUAUUAUAUCUUCAACACUAAAUAACCAUUAAACUGAAUUAAUUG